AUGGCAACCCUGGAUGCUGCUCCCCAAUUCGGGGCAGAGCUGAAGGACUCGUUCAAGCCCGUGAACAAUUGGGUGACGAACGGAAUAUCAUGGCUCGACGAAAUCCAACAAUUCUACCGAGAACGCAGCACGAUCGAAAAAGAAUACGCCGCGAAACUGAACGCACUAUGCAAGAAAUACUCCGACCGCAAGGCGAAGAAGAUCAGCCAACUCAGUGUCGGAGAUACUCCUACGAUGACGCCCGGAUCGCUCGAGGCCGCAUCGCUGACUACAUGGGGUACACAGCUGACGGCUGUUGAGUCGCAUGCGGGGGAACGGGACAAAUUUGCCAACGAUUUGCUUAUCCAGGUUGCGGAGCCCUUGAAACAUGCGGCUGUUCAAUACGACGAGGUACGGAAAUGUCAUGUCGAUUUCCACGCGAAGUUGGAGAAGGAACGGGACGCUUCGUACAGUGACCUGAAGAAGGUGAAGGGAAAAUAUGACGGGGCGUGUCAGGAGGUCGAAAACAAGCGGAAGAAGAUGGAGUCGUCGUUUGACCAUGGUAAACAAAAGUCUCAGGCUGCUUACCAGCAGCAAAUCCUGGAGAUGAACAAUGUCAAGAAUACAUACCUCAUCCACAUUAACAUCACAAAUAAAAUGAAGGAGAAGUUCUACCACGAAUACGUUCCCGAGAUGAUUGACGGCCUUCAAGACCUCAACGAGACUCGAGUAGCCAAACUCAACUCCCUCUGGUCCCUCGCAGCCGAACUCGAAAACUCGUACAUGGCAAAGAGUAUGGACCACAUGUUGAACCUUUUGAAUGAGAUACCCCGAAAUGCCCCGCAUCUUGAUUCGCAUAUGUUUUUGCGCCACAACGUCACCCAAACACAAGAACCUCCGAACUUGACAUUCGAAGCCAGUCCUAUCUGGCACGACGACGAAUUGAUCGUCACCGAUGAAGCUGCCAAGGUCUUUUUGCGGAACUUGCUGAGCAAAAGCAAGACGCAAGUCCGCGAGUUACGGGUCGAAGCGGACAAGCACAAGCGGGAAGUGGACAGUUCGAGGCGGAAUAGGGAGAGAGCGCGACAAGGUCAGGAGGGGGUUAGUGAGGUGGAUGUUGUGCGGACUUUGUUCCACCAGCAGGAAGCCUUCCACGAGAUUGAUCGCAAGCGAGUGGCGGCCGAGGUGGAAACCUCUACGAUUAUGGCCGUGGUGGGUGACUUGUCCGUUGGAGCUCAGAAUCACAACUUCAAGUCGCAGACCUUCAAGAUUCCUACCAACUGCGAUCUGUGUGGGGAGCGCAUCUGGGGAUUAUCGGCCAAGGGCUUUGACUGCAGGGACUGCGGAUACACUUGCCACAGCAAGUGCGAAAUGAAAGUGCCUGCCGAAUGUCCAGGAGAACAAAGCAAGGAAGAGAAGAAAAGGCUCAAGGCAGAGCGUCAGGAGCAGGCUACCUCCAUGCCGCCACUCGACCUUGAAGCCUCGACUACAUCAUCCGCCGCUCCAUCACUAACACGCAAGGACACCAUGAACUCACUGAGCUCGGGCUAUGCAACGAACGUCAACCGAUCAGUGUCGAACGUGACAUCUCAGCCCGCGAGCGGAGCGGAGACGCCAAUAUCGCCCGUACCACCCGUAGAAAGCAAACCGGCGCCGGUACGAAGGGUUCUCGCACCGCCUCCUGCAGCGUACAUCAGUCCGCCACCCGAACCCGCACCAAAACCCAGCGAACCGAGGGGUAGAAUGCUAUACCCAUACCAAGCACAGGGCGAAGAUGAAGUCAGUGUACAAGAAGGCGACAGCGUCGUCAUCGUCGAACCAGAUGACGGCUCCGGAUGGCUCAACGUCCGCUCCGGCACCCAAACCGGCCUCGUCCCAGCCUCCUACGUCGAAGCAGCCCCAGCACCGGCUCAGUCGCCCGUCCCCUCCGUCACCGACCGUCGCAACUCGGUCUACUCCAACUCCUCUGCAGCAGGCCACGCGCCGGGCAAGAAGAUCGGCCCAGCAGUCGCCCCUCGCCGCGGCGCAAAGAAACUACAAUACGUCGAGGCGAUGUACGACUACACCGCGCGGAGCGAGAUGGAAUGGGACAUGGCCGAGGGCGACCGGUUCGUGUUGGUUAACCGGGACGGAGGCGAUGGGUGGGCGGAUGUUGAGCGGGGCGGUGUAACGAAGAGUGUUCCUGCGAAUUAUAUCCAGGAAGUUUGA